AUGUCUACUCCACGUCGGCCUCCCCCCGCAUACACUGCCGCCAAGGAUUCGGCAGUCUAUGGCACGUCCCAGUUCUACCGGACCGUGUCGGAGACUGCCUCUGGAGAAACUGAGCGGAUUCUCGAGUCAUCAUUUACCAUUCGCCCCUGCUCCGGACAAGCGUGGGUGGUGCCCGCGGGCCACAUCUGUCGUUUAAUUACACCCAACGGGCCUCAAGUGGGCGACCUCAACAUCUGGAAUGCGAACAACCCCCGGGAACGACUCUGGGCCGCGCGCACGCGUCAGAUUCACGCUUCCCAUGUCUCUGUAGGCGACCGCCUCUGGUCCAACCUCCCAUAUCUACGGCCGCUAGUCACCAUCACGGGAGAUUCGCUCAACGGCGGACAGCUACACGAAGUGUUGGAUGUUAAUGGCCGGAGGAAGGAGGGUGUCGGCUUCGGGACGUCACGAUGGGGUGGACGGGUUCACGACCUGCUGGGAACCAGGUGUGAUCCUUACGUCAACCUGCUAAUGGGUGGGGAGCCUUUUGACUUCCACUGCCAUUCGAACUUGACGCGCGCAGUGUUGCCUUAUGGAUUGACGGAGCUGGACGUGCAUGAUGUGCUCAAUGUCUUCCAGGUGACAGGUCUAGAUGAGGAGGGGAAGUACUUCAUGGAAACCUCGCCGGCCAAGCCUGGGGAAUAUUUCGAGUUCUUUGCCGAAGUGGAUGUUCUCUGCGCACUUUCGGCUUGUCCUGGAGGUGACUUGUCUCAAUGGGGCUGGGAAGAGAAGGGCGAAAUGGGGUCUACAACCCGUCCUCUGGGUGUAGAGGUGUAUAAGCUGACCGAUUCAAAGAAGCUCGAGGGCUGGAAACAGCCUGAGAGUCCCAAGUAUGCCGGAAUGCAUGGCCUACAGAUGCCUCCCCGGGAGAAUGAUGGAUCCGGCUUUGUUGGUUUGUAG